AUGGAUAGCGGAAGUGACGUUGAACCACCUCCUAAAGUAUCGAAAACAGAAAUUUUGACACCUUCUCGAGCUCAGAAACUCAAGGAACUUCAUCUCAGCAUUCUGGCCCAAUAUGGAAUCAACUCAGAAUUUGAAGUCAGUCGUCCAAUGGAUGUUGUAAACAACGAAGUAGUCUGUUCCUCGAUGGCGCUGAACGUAUCAAAGAUGGAUGUGUUCACGAAGUCGUUGUUAGGAUUGGAUGGAAACGAGCAAUGUGAUCUUUCCAAAUUCAGAAGAAGGUUGACUUGGAUCGAAAAUCAGCACAAGAUCAAUCAAAGAAGGAAUAAGGAUAAGUCUUUUGAAUUUUUCGAUCGAUCGAUGACGGAACAUUCCAAUUUUCUUGAUUUUUUCUUUUUAUUAUUAGUUUCUGAUUCCUUUCCUUCGUUAGUUCAGUAG